AAACUCAGAAAUAGAGUUUAGAAAAACCCAAAAACAUGGUAUUUUAAUACCCUGUUUUUUUAAGGAACGGAAUCGAACCCUACCUAUAAAUCGGGAACAUAGGGUAUGUUUUUUUGGUAAAAUCACCGGAACUAGUUAUAGCAAUAACCGGUUCCAACCCUUAAAAUGAGAAACCGAAACCGGUUAUUAACAACCAAUACCUAUCAAAUAUCUUUUUUUUUCCAACAGUAACGAGUAGACACCCAUAUAACUCGACUAGAGACCCAACAUUUUAGACAAGCUCAAACGCGCCCAACUUGGAUAAGCCCUGUAAUAGGCCAGCCAGAAACCUCCUAUAAAUCGGAAGCUCCCUCCAUCAUGGGAGGCAGCUUUGGAUUUAUAAUCCAACAAGAGGAUGACAUCAUAACCACGAAAGGAGGAACUUGAACUAGAUCUUGAUGAGUUCGAGGUUGGUGACGCUAGUCGUGCUGAUUUUUGACUCAACAGUUUCUUGAAUCUGGAAGGCAAUGGCUCGUACCAAGCAAACCGCUCGCAAGUCUACUGGUGGAAAAGCUCCCAGAAAGCAACUGGCUUACAAGGCUGCUAGGAAAAGUACUCCAACAACUGGAGGUGUGAAGAAGCCUCAUCGUUAUCGUCCUGGAACUGUUGCGCUUCGUGAGAUUCGCAAGUAUCAAAAGACAACUGAACUCCUUAUCCGUAAAGCUCCAUUCCAGAGGCUUGUCCGCGAAAUUGCUCAGGCUCUCAAGAGUGACUUGAGGUUCCAGAGUCAUGCUGUGUUGGCACUUCAGGAGGCGGCCGAAGCUUACCUAGUGGGUCUGUUUGAGGAUACCAACUUGUGUGCCAUUCAUGCCAAGAGAGUCACAAUCAUGGCCAAAGACAUCCAGUUGGCCCUCCGGAUCCGUGCUUAAUGAAUGUGAUUAGAUUCAAGUUUAUAUUUCCUAUAGCUGCACAAACCUUGGUUUCUUCCUUUCUUUUUGUGAUCGUGCUGGAUGUUUUUUUUUUAGUUAUAGUAUGGGAAAUGUUUGAAUUUUAUUGACGGGGUAAAGAAUGGUUUGAGGUUUUA